AUGGGAGAAUUAGAACUAGAAGAUUCCAGCAUCAACAAAACUGAAUGGCAACAACAGCCACAGCCUCUGGACCCUGUCCCUGAAGAGUGUUCCCCGGUUCAAGAAAACGAAUCAGAUAUUGUUAACCAGGAGGCUGAUCAACUGGUCACAUCUACACUUGAUGAUCAGAAGGUUGCAGAAGAUCAUGCUGAUAAUAAGGAAAUAGGGGACGAAGGUGAUAAAAAGGAUACUAAGGAUUCAACAGGCAAAGAUGCUGGGCUUGCAAAAAUUGUAGCAGAGAAAAGAUUGGCUUUAAUUAAGGCAUGGGAAGAUAGUGAAAAGACAAAGGCGGAAAACAGGGCAUACAAGAAGCAAUCGGCUGUUGGAUUAUGGGAGGAAAGCAAGAAAGCCUCAAUAGAGGCCCAACUCAAGAAAUUUGAGGAAAAUUUGGAAAGAAAGAAGGCUGAGUUUGUUUUAAGAAUGAAAAAUGACAUAGCUGAAAUCCAUCAGUAUGCUGAAGAGAAAAGGGCAAUUGUUGAGGCUCAAAAAAGGGAAGAAUUUCUUGACCUAGAAGAGACAGCUGCAAAGUUUCGUAGCCGUGGAGUUGCACCAAAGAAAUUUUUAGGAUGCUUUAGCAGUUAA